CGCCCGCAGCAAGUGCAGUACAGUUAGCUCAUACUCGCGAGCUCCUUGCCUCCCCCUUUCUCGCUCUCUACACCCCCGGUCGGGUCGUUCACAUUCCUUUCGCUAUUUAUCCCGAAAGAUUUCUCCACACAAUAGCAUAUAUAACCGGACUGACGAUCGGGCAACAUGGCCUCUGGUGUCACUGUCAAUGAUGAAGUCAUUAAGGUCUUCAAUGACAUGAAAGUCAGGAAGUCAUCCUCUACAGAAGAUGUAAAAAAGCGUAAAAAGGCUGUGCUGUUUUGCCUCAGUGAUGACAAGAAAAAGAUUAUUGUAGAGGAGGGCAAGUGGAUCCUGGUCGGUGACAUUGGGGAGUCUGUGGAUGACCCGUAUGCCUGUUUUGUCAAGCUUCUACCUCUCAAUGACUGCAGAUAUGGCUUAUAUGAUGCCACAUACGAAACAAAAGAAUCCAAGAAAGAAGACCUGGUAUUUAUAUUUUGGGCACCUGAGGGUGCUCCCCUGAAAAGCAAGAUGAUAUAUGCUAGUUCGAAAGAUGCCAUUAAAAAGAAGUUCACAGGUAUCAAACACGAAUGGCAAGUGAAUGGAUUAGAUGACAUCCAGGACCGUGCCACCCUGGCAGACAAGUUGGGAGGGAACGUGGUGGUAUCACUAGAAGGGUUACCAUUGUAAAUGUACUGUUCUAUGUGCCAUCUGGAUUCCAGACGCUUUCAUCUAAGCAGCUAGUGUUUAUAUCAUUUGAUCCUAAAGGAAUAGCUUUAGGCUUUUUUGUCCAUACUUUUUUUUUUUUUUCCACAUGAAGGAGAUCUCAUUAACAUAUGCAACAAAAAAAAUGAUAUUUUGCCAGCUGACUUUUUCAAAAAACAAUCCUGGUAGUUUUUUGAAAAAAAAAAACUUCAAGGUAUGAUCACACAUGUGUUUUUGCCAAACAAAUAUGAACAGAAGCACCAUACUACCUGAGAUGAAUAACACUCCCACAACAAAAACAAAGUUAAGCACUGUUUUUGCCACUUUGCAAAUGUGAUGAAUAGAUUCUCAGCAGUGUAGGGACAUGGGAACGCUUUCUAUGCCUUGACAGUCAUAUUCAUUGCCCAGGGUUACAGGUACUAGCAAGUAUUUUGCACUAAUGAGGUUUUUCAUAUGGCUGACUUAUUUAUUUGAACUGUUAUAUCGAAUCCAAUAUGUUAUUCGACAUGGCAAAACACGUAACAGACUACGCAUAUAACAUAUACUAAGCACUUUUUUUGUUUUUACACUACAAGUUAAGACAAAAAGGUUUGAGAAUAACUAAAGAAUAUCUGUAUUUAUGUCAACUAUAUAGAGAUGUUACCUCAGUUUUCAUUCCUGUUAUGCAUAUGGACAAGAACAGAUACAUAUUUGACUGUUGAAUUGUUGCCUUACUUUCAUUUGAAUGUACAGUACACCACAGUUAAACAGAGGGGUGGUGCUUGCAGUUUUUUAACACUAAAAGAAAAGUAAUUCAAAUAUACCAGUAAAGAUGGCAAUACAUAUGUGCAUUUGGAGCCUUAAGUGGAACAUUGUUUUUGAGAUCGGGUGAGGAGGAUGCCACUUUGCAAUAAAACCUUGUGGCAGAUUACAGAAAGUGUUCUCUGUCCUGGGUUGUUUGUGUGUAUCUGAUGUGUUCAUCAGGAGGGUUGGGCAGCAAUAAAGAAAUGCAUGACAAAUUUCCAAACAGGAAAUAGAAAGGA